CCUUUCCCUUCCAUCUUCCAACUACACUCACCAUCUUCAUCCUUGAAGUAUUCUCCAGGUUGGAUGAAAUGGAAGAUGAAAUGAGGGAAACAAGUAGUGAAGAAUUUUAUGAGAUGUUGAAGUUAAUUUUAUUAGCUCUUGAAGCAAUACUUCGAAUGUUGAGUGACCAAUUACUGUUAAUGCAUGAGGGAGAGUAUAUUGAGCGUCAUACUCGCAAACCUAUCACCACCAUUGGAUUUAAUUACAUAAAUACAGUGUUAACUGAAGAUCCUGUGCAUUUUAGAGAAAUGCAUAGGAUGUACCCCGAUGUUUUUCUAAAACUUUGUAGCAUCAUUAGGGAGAAAACACCGCUACGAGAUACCCGAUAUGUUUGCGUGGAAGAAAUGCUUGCGACAUUUUUAAUUACGGUUGGUCAAAACAGUCGUUUUUGUAUUACACGCAAGACAUUUGGUAGAGCACAUUCUACGACUAGAAGAAAUUUUAACAAAAUUUUGAAGGCUUUAAACACAAUUUCAUCCAUGAUGAUGGUGAAACCGGCAACUGCUGUACCUAGCAAAAUCAGAGAGAGUACACGGUUUUAUCCUUACUUUAAG